AUGGUGGUAAAUGUGUAUUCAACGUCUGCAACAGUCGAACAAUGUUCACGAAAUGAGCUUUUAGCGUUUGUCAAUAAUUUUUUGCGGUCGAAUUUUACGCGUAUUGAGGAGAUGGCUUCUGGUGCUGCUUAUUGUCAGUUAACAGAACUUCUCUUCCCAGGAAAAAUCUCUUUGAAAAAAGUCAAAUGGAAUUCAAGAAAUGAAGUUGACUGGAUUGCUAACUGGCGUGUACUGCAAACAGCUUGGAAGGAUCUGGGAGUGAAGAAGGUAAGUGUAAAGCGAAAGGAACUAGGUAAUAGUAAAGAUGAAAAAAAUGAAGCAAAAGGAGUACCGGUCGAGCGUUUGCUGCGGUCUAAAUUUCAAGAUAAUUUCGAAUUUUUGCAAUGGUUUAAGAAAUUUUUUGACGCGAAUUAUGACGGCCACCAGUAUGAUGCACUGCGGGCUAGAAAUGGCGAACCACUUCCGGCAAGUUGGACUGUAUCAUCUAGAUCGGUUGCAUCAAAAGCUCCUGCGAUUACCAGAAAUAAUCCUGCUACCAUAACGGCAAAAAAAGAUCCAUGCAGCGCUGGUCGAGGAACUCUAGCUGGAAAAAAUUCCAUUCCAAAUAUCGUAACUUUGCAACGUGAAUACGAGCACGUGGAAAGUUCUAUCGAUUUUUUUAUUUUACUUACUAUUCAGCAGUUAAAAGAAGAUCAGAUAGAACUUUCCAAACAAAGAAAUUUUUAUUAUGACAAACUUCGCAAGGUCGAAGUGCUUUGUCAGAAAGCGGAAAACAAUCCCACUGUUUCUCGAGAAGAAAUCUUAGAAAUUUUAUACGAAACUGAGGAAGGUUUUGGCGUUGUCGAUGAGGAAACCAUUCAGGAGCUCAGUUAUGAAAAAAGUGGAAAAAUUAAUAAAAAUGGUUCAAAAGUAGGCACGUCGCAUCAGUUCGAUCUGGAUAUUCCCGAAACAUUCUGA